AUGAAGAUGAGUCUCCGGACAAUAGUGACGAUUCGGACUACAACGACGAUCGACGAACACCUGAGGGCGAUGACGAUGGAGACUCCUGUGACGAAGUACCAAAACCCAAAGAGGCAUCAAACCCUGAAGGCGCACCAAACAGCGAAGAAGCACCAAAACCCGAAGGCGAACCAAAAGUCUGUCCAGUGCGAGGACAAGGAAUCGGAAAGUCAAGGCGGUGUGGAAGAUGUACCAGUCGUCGGCCGCAAGCGAUCAGGUCCUGACCCCGUGGCAUGGCCCCGGACGAACGACAUAGCUGCCGAUGGAGCUCGCGAUGUGCAUCCAGAAGCUCCUCUCGAGAUGGUCACUGUGAAUGCAACACCCAGCCAAGCAAGCUCAGCCCAAGCUCCUCCCACCACCAAUCCACCCCCACUCACGCCACCAGAAGAAGCAGAAGUAGCAGAGCGGAUACGGCUUCGGGCGAAGAAGCGACAGCAGCAAGAAAACACAGAUCGGCCCCGAAACGCUGAAGCGGACCCGGCAGACAGUCAAUCCCGUGCUGAUCAAGCUGAGCGUUGGGAGUCCCGCCUGGCCCGUCAUCUGGCAGCUGACAACGAGGACGAAAGUGAAAGUGAAGCAGCGCUAGCGGAAGUAUUGGCGCAGCUUGAGGAAGAGGAUGAAGAUGAGUCUCCGGACAAUAGUGACGAUUCGGACUACAACGACGAUCGACGAACACCUGAGGGCGAUGACGAUGGAGACUCCUGUGACGGUAUUGGACGCGCUAGUGACAUCGAUUCCGCUGCGAAUAGUGUGCCGACACCGAAGAAGUACCAAAACCCAAAGAGGCAUCAAACCCUGAAGGCGCACCAAACAGCGAAGAAGCACCAAAACCCGAAGGCGAACCAAAAGUCUGUCCAGUGCGAGGACAAGGAAUCGGAAAGUCAAGGCGGUGUGGAAGAUGUACCAGUCGUCGGUGGCUACUUGGAAGGAUUUCCUAUGUACUGGUCGUCGUGGAAAAGUUUCUAA